AUGGCAAUCUUGAAUUUGGAAUCCAACUAUUACCAAUUUUCAAGUACUGAUGCUGUUUAUACUAGCAUGGACGCACAAGAUUGUGAAGAUAGAUUUAAAGGACCACUUGAAUCUCGCAAAUCACCAUUAUCUAAUCAGAACACAGCUGUGCAUGAGCUCUCCAAAGUGGCUGGAGAAAUCAUCUACAUCUCCAAAGCUGAAGUUAAAGGGCUUUCUCGUGUAAUGCUCGAGUUGUCUAUAACUAAAGCUAAGGCCACAUUAUCUUAUAUCCAUUUGCUGAAAAAUAAGGCAACAAAUCGUAUAUGGAAGCGGUACUUUAGUGGUUACAUUGAGCAAUAUGUUAUUGCAGACAAAGUUCUCCGAAUUGAAAUUGUGGAUCUGGAUUCGAACGAUUACGGAGAUUCAACUACAGAUGCACUUACACAAAUAUCUCCUAUGAGUUCUCAUGAGCUCAGCACUGUUGCGUAUGAGAAAGCAAUGAAUACACAACUCAUGACUGAGCAUGAAGUGGUACGAAGCCAAGCCAUUGCUGCAGAAGUGAUCCCAAAUGAAUCUUCCAGUAAGCCAGAUAGUGUGGCGAGUAGAGCUCACAACUAUGUAGAUGCAACUCAAGUCUCUGUUCCCCAUCAAGGUGUUACCCCAAAUGCAUCAGAGCUGUCAAAAAGUCAGCAUAGUGAAUUAAUCUCAAGGGCUGAGACACAGCCAGAACAUACCUCACCUCACUGCAACAAGGUAUUGACUGCCAGGCGCAGAAGCCCAACUCCCCAAUACCAUCUUGGAGUCAGAUUCUUAAAUCUGGUUUGGAUGGAGAAGCUUCAAAGACCUUCAACGGAACCCAAAUUGCAGAUGGUGACAAAAACCAUUUGGAAGCCCAAACAUUCCCAAAAGGAAUCUCAUCCUCUUGUUGCUGACAAUGGCAAGGAAAUCAAAUCCAAUGAGGUGGAACUAACAACGGAGAUGGUCAUGUCAAAAGAGAAGCCUCCAUUAGAUCCUGGGUGUAGUAGCAACAGUGAAAUUGGUGCUGCUAUACUCAGGCAGCCCAUUCAUAGACUCCAGGAUGAAACUCAGGUGACAUCCAUCUCACCUGUGGAAGUGCAGGUCCCAAUUCAACUGUCUAUACCUACUACAUCUUCAAACAGAUUUGAUAGGUUGGAAAUUGAGGGUGGUAAUUUGGUGGUGGAUUUAGACUAUGCUGCAACCAGUUGUGAUCAUAACCACAGGGAGGCAAAUGAGGCAGGAGCUGUUGCAUGUUCUGCACACUGGGGUGCCCUUAUACAUGAUGAUCAUGGUUAA